AUGUUGGGCAAGUCAUCUCGAAAGAAUGCCAAAGAACAGACUACGUUGGGCAAGUCAUCUCGAAAGAAUGUCAGAGAACAAACUACGUUGGGCAAGUCAUCUGGAAAGAAUGUCAGAGAACAGACUACGUUGGGCAAGUCAUCUCGAAAGAAUGUCAGAGAACAGACUACGUUGGGCAAGUCAUCUCGAAAGAAUGUCAGAGAACAGACUACGUUGGGCAAGUCAUCUCGAAAGAAUGAGGAUACCGAGAACAGGAGGAUACCGAGAACAGGAGGAUACCGAGAACAUGAGUACACUGAGAACAUGAGUACACUGACAACAGGAGGAUACCGAGAACAGGAGGAUACCGAGAACAGGAGGAUACCGAGAACAGGAGGAUACCGAGAACAGGAGGAUACCGAGAACAGAAGGACACAGAGAACAGGAGAGGAUACCGAGAACAGGAGGAUACCGAGAACAGGAGGAUACCGAGAACAUGAGUACACUGAGAACAUGAGUACACUGACAACAGGAGGAUACCGAGAACAGGAGGAUACCGAGAACAGGAGGAUACCGAGAACAGGAGGAUACCGAGAACAGGAGGAUACCGAGAACAGAAGGACACAGAGAAUCGGAGAGGAUACCGAGAACAGGAGGAUACCGAGAACAGGAGGAUACCGAGAACAUGAGUACACUGAGAACAUGAGUACACUGAGAACAGGAGGAUACCGAGAACAGGAGGAUACCGAGAACAGGAGGAUACCGAGAACAGGAGGAUACCGAGAACAGAAGGACACAGAGAACAGGAGUAAACUGAGAACAAAAGAGGAUACCGAGAACAGGAGGAUACCGAGAACAGGAGGAUACCGAGAACAUGAGUACACUGAGAACAUGAGUACACUGAGAACAGGAGGAUACCGAGAACAGGAGGAUACCGAGAACAGGAGGAUACCGAGAACAGGAGGAUACCGAGAACAGGAGGAUACCGAGAACAGAAGGACACAGAGAAUCGGAGAGGAUACCGAGAACAGGAGGAUACCGAGAACAGGAGGAUACCGAGAACAUGAGUACACUGAGAACAUGAGUACACUGAGAACAGGAGGAUACCGAGAACAGGAGGAUACCGAGAACAGGAGGAUACCGAGAACAGGAGGAUACCGAGAACAGGAGGAUACCGAGAACAGAAGGACACAGAGAACAGGAAAAGAAAAGCCAAACAAAGGCUUACUGUCUGCUGGAAUUGAUUCACAGAUUCAGCGAGAAACUUGUGGAAUGACAUUACGCCACAAGUCGAUAGAAAACGUGCUGACGUCAGUUUCUGAGGAGAAGGCAGAAUGCUGCAAACUAAAAACACUACCUAUGCUUUUAACACAGGAACAGCAGCGACCUUGA